AUGAAAAGACAAACUCGAACUACCGCAGUCGAUGCCACAGAUUCUGAUAUCACGAUCAUCUCGGGUGAUAACGUCGCGUUCAAACUGCAUCGGAAAUAUCUGGAUGUCAACACUGGUGUGUUCCCUGGAGCGGAAAUAGUGGACUCCAAAGAAGAGCCAAUCCAUUUGCAGGAGCCUGCCAGCGUUCUUGCUAUUGUUUUUCAGUUCCUCUACCCAAGGAAACACCCUAAGCUGAAUGAUGAAAGCUUUGAUACUGUUUUGGCAGUCUCUGAGGCGGUUGAAAAAUAUCAAGUCUUUUCGGCGAUGAAUACUUGCGAGACGCGUUUGAUUAAAUACCUACAAACUCCCGAACACGCAGCGGAGAUCCUUGGCCAUGCAAUCAAACACGAUUACCCUGAUAUCAUCAACACUGCUGUACCUCAUCUGGCUCGCGCACCCUUAAUGCCCCUGCUCGAAAAACUACCUCAACACUGUGUUCUUCCAUGGGUACGCUUCCAAGAGGAAUGGAAAGCAGUGUUCCAAAAGGCGACGCAGGAAGUCAACUCAAAGCUAUUGACGACGACAGCCUGCGAACAUUCCAACCUUUGUAUCAACUGCCGAACCUACUUGCUGGCACGGAUAUCAGAACUUGAGAGGCUGGAAACAACGGCUGGCCUCGAAGCUGCGCUCAAGAGUAAUGUUACUCCCUACCCUGAACAUCGAAUUUGUACGAUUUGCAAAGGCACAUGCAAAUAUCUGCCAGAAAUAGUCGAAUCAUGUCAACAAGGCAUUGCUUCGAUUCCUAUCUUUACUCAUUUUUUGUCGAAGGCUCGCUGA